GAGCGCGGCCGGGGCGGUCGCCGGCGCUUCGCCUCCCGCCGCCCCCGCCGCGCCCCGUCGUCCCCUUCCUCCGCCCCGCCCCACCCCCGUUCCGCCCCGUCGCGACCUCUCCCCGCCCCGACAAAAAUGGUCCCCGCCCCGUUUCGGUCUCUGGUAAAUUCUAUUAUUAAAACGUAUCAUUCCGUUCUUUUCAAAAUAUAUCAUAAAUAGAAAAUUUUUACACUUUAUAUUAUUAGAUAUUCUGUUUCAACAGUCAACAUCAUUGUCACCAUCACAAACAAAACAUUUAAAAAAAAAAAAUUCUGCUCAAAAUUAUCCAUCAUCAUUAAUUAAAUCAAAACCACCAGUAUGUAUAGAAACAGAUUAUAUUGAAGAAUCUUCGAAAGUUACAAAUAAAUCCAAUUAUUUAAAUGAUAUAUUAAUGGAUGGAAAAUAUAUGAAUGAUGUAGAUUUUGAAAAUUUGAUUAAAGAUCAAGCAUCGGAUUUUUAUUGGGAAGUUUUGGCUGAACGUGCUCGAAUAAAAUUGGUUGAUCAACAUAGAGAAAAUCAACAACUUCAUGAAUUACUUGAUGAGUUAAUCAAGGAACAUAGACAAUUAGAAGAAAAAACGCAACCUUAUGAAAACUUAAUAAAUAUUUUCAAAAAAAUAAUGUCCAUUAAAAAAGAAAAUAAUAAUUGUGAAGAAAAUAAAUCAAAUACUAAUGGAAUCAAAACGCUGUUAUUGUUCCACUUAUUACAGUUGCUUCAAGAAAAAGAACAAUGGCUUCAGGAAAAACAACAAUUACUUCAAGAAAAAGAACAAUUGCUUCAGAAAAAACAACAAUUGUUUCAGGAAAAACAACAAUUGCUUCAGGAAAAACAACAAUUGUUUCAUCAAAAACAACAAUUGUUUCAUCAAAAACAACAAUUGCUUCAAGAAAAACAACUGUUACAAAUAAUAGAAAAUAUGAAAAAAUAA